AUGAACAACUUCCUGGUGAGGGUCCACACGGACGAUGACCAAAUCAGAGAUGAACUUCACAACCAAUUUGCACAGAACAUUGUUUCCGGGGACUCCCCCACAGAGGCGCCACACGACUCUCAACAAUGGGAAGAAGCGCCAAGGUAUAUUCUCACGGAGCAUUACGUGGACACGUAUUUAACUCCGUUGUUGAUUAAAAAUGAUGAGGGGGAUCCAUAUCACUGCGUGGUUUGUGAGCUGGACGUGCGACGCGGCGAGAGUGCACCUGAGGGUGGCACCACCGUUAACGUUCUGGCCACUUCCAACGACGUCACCACCGCUAACUGUGCCAGGACCGAUCAGCGAACACUGCUGCUGCACCUGUGCGCGUCCCACAUCUACUUCGAACACAUGGAGGAGGAGGAAUUCCGCGAAAAGACAAAUCAGCAGGGGAAGAGGUUCAGAGAGUACAAGAUAAAAAACAGGAAUGUUCUCCUACUUGACGGAAGUUGCAGCUACACCGAUAAGGGGGGUUCGUAUGAACGAACCACCGACGUAAAAGGGUUAUAUAAUUAUAUUAGCAAGAACAAACAUGAUUUGGAAAACGCGCUGAACAGACUAGAAGGAAGUUUCUUCCUCUUGUAUAUUCAAUAUUCAAAUGAACACGCAAACAUAUACUUCUUAAAUGACUCGUGGGGAAUGAAAUCGGUUAUCUUCUUCUACGAGCAGUCAUCCGUCUUACUAACAAGUUCAUAUGGACUCUUCAUUAAUUACGACUUUAAUUUCACCAAAAGGGAUGGAGACAAUUAUGUGUUUAAUAAUUUUUCUGUUCAGAAGGAACUCAACCUAGUUCACCACGAUGGAGUGUUUCGAACAGAAAAUAAUAUUCUUCCUAAUGGUAAUGGAUCUUCCACAAGGUGGUGUAAAGAACGCCAACAAGGAGACCUCAAACCCCAAAGUAUUAUCAACGAAAAGGUAGGAGCACAGAUAAGCCCAUAUUACAUGUACAAGUUUAACAUAUUUGAAAAAAAUAAAGUGAUGCUAAACAGGAUCAUUAAAAAGAAUAGCAUUUACACCAAGUACACCGAGUGGACUGGUGAUGAUCUCUCCAUUGAAGAAAAUUUUAAUCGUAUGUGUAACUUUGUUGAGAGCAAUUACUUCCUAUACAGUGGGUAUGCAGACGAGUGGGCUCUCCUCAAAAGUACCAUUCAAGAAUCGAUGAAGAAAUAUAUGCAUGGGGAUGGAGACCAAAGGAGGGAUGCCCAGACGGUACUAAAUAACAGCUUUGUUCACCUUUAUAUGAAAUUGUUAAGAGGAGUCAUUGAGAGGAAGAUGAACGAAGUUUUUUCCAACUCGGAUGAUCAAUCCAAAGUAGGGAUGAAAAAUCACCUGAACGGUACAGGUGAAAAUGAAAAAAAAAAAGAAACAGAAAAAUUUGUACAAAAUAUUCCCUUCACAAUUAAAUGUGACACAGUUGGGGGGGAAGGAAAAUCGGUGGGGAUCCUCUUCUCGGGAGGGAUAGACUCAACCCUCUUAACCUUAACAACGAUAAAAGCAUACUUCACUCAAUUUACAAAUGGCUAUAUCGAAUUGAUAAAUGUUUCCUUUGACGACAAUGCAGUGGACAGGUACACCUCCAUAAUGUCAUAUGAACAAAUUAUAAAAUUGUAUCCCCAGUACGACAUCAGGUUAGUGUUUGUCGACGUCUCCCCAAAAGACUUACUCAAAUACGAGAGGAUUAUUUUCUCUUUAAUGUCACCAAGCAACACUACUAUGGAUUUCAACAUAUCUGCUGCUUUUUUUUUUUCUAAUUUGGGGAAGGGGGUUCUUUUUCCUCGUCCCUUUUUGCACAGCCCGGAGUGGGCCUACAUAAAGGGGCGGGCCUCCCGCGUGCUCAACGUGGCAUGCCAAAGGGGGGAAGAAGCAUCCGGGGCAGACUCAACCGGGAUAGAAGCAACCGAGGGAAAGUCCAAAUGCAGGGUAUGCGAAUUUGUGAUGAGGAGGAAGUGCGUGCACAGGUGCUGCUCCGCCUGCUGCAGGAAACUGCGGUACGUCCACCGGAGGAAAUUUUCCAAGGGGGAGUCAUCGCAGGAGAGUUGUAACGGAGAGACGACACGCAGUGGUGACAUCUACCAAGUGGAGCGCGACGAAAACAGUGGCGAGAGGAGCAGAAAAACCCUUUAUCUUAUUGUGAAGAAGAAAAGGGUCCUAAUUAACUUUGAGCUCUUUCCUGAGUGCCCCGCGCACAAAGAGAGGGUGUACGACUAUGAGCGGAUCGACUCUCUCUUCAAGGAUUUCAACACAGAACUUGCCAAGAGGGAGCUCAAUGAGGAAGAGCAACAAAACGGCAAUUCACCUGCCCCCACGGAGACGUUCAAAGAUACAUGCCACACCAACUUCAUAGACCAGUUUGUCGCCAAGCACGCCGAAAACGAUCCUCAAAAGUUUGAACAAAUAAAGAACCUCUUUUACGUUAAGGCAAAAAAGAAAGGAAAUAAUGAUAUUAGUAUGGACCACCAAAGGAAGGAAAAACUUUUCAUAGAAGAGUCUCCCCAGAAAGAGGAGGAGACAUUGAACUACCUCAAGAAAGACCUAUACAUGAAUUGCGGUGGUUCUCACUGCAUUGCAGAAGAAGAGGGUGCUCCCUACCAGUGUAACCACCAACUCCUAAUCAUAGGUAGUGGAGCGGAUGAGCUGUUUGGAGGCUACUACCGCCAGAACAAUGCACACGUAGCAAAAAGGGGAACCAAACAUUCAACAAAUUUAAAAAAAAACGAAAUGAUAAAAGAUGUAAGAAGAAUCUGGAACAGAAAUUUGUACCGAGAUGACCGUAUAUUAAGUUUUACUAGCUUUUCUAAUAAGGUCCUUUUUUAUCCCUACUUGGAUAUGAAUCUGGUGAAUUUUCUCCUCAUGAUUUCAUUCUACAUGAUAGAAGCUCCCCUUGGGGGGUCGGUACACAUGCAAGGACUAUCCUGCUUUACAACGAAUGUGAUAAAGGGGGAAGGACACUCAAACGUGGGAUGCUUGUCAGACAAUUUAGAAGAAUGCUGCCACCUGUAUGAACUCAUUAGAACCCACAAGCUUAGCAAAUGGGUUCUACGCAUGGCAAUUUUUUUUUCACACUGCAAAGAGUUGAUGCUCUUCAAAAAAAAAGCUAUUCAGUUUGGUUCUAAAUCGAAGAACGUACAGAUGUACAUGCGGGAGUGGCUCUCCCGUGAGGAUGCAACACUAACAGUUGGGGAAGUGCUUACAGGGGAGCGCCACCCGUCUUCCAAACGGCCGCUCCCUAGUGACAAAAAAAAGGGGACAGACAGGUACACCCUUCUCUCCUGA